AACUUUACAAAGUCGGUAAUCGACCACAGCACGAGUGGUGGAUUGUUUUAUAAAUACAAAUCGAUUAUUCUGGAGAUCACUCAUCAUGAUUUAAAACAUAUUUUUUUGCACAUUCUUACAUCACAUGUCUUAAGGUGUUAUAUAUUUUUGUUAGUGUUUUACAGUUUUUUACUUGAUCACAUUUGUGUAAAUAAGCAUACACAAAAAUAUCCUUUAAAAAGUUACUGCAUUUACUGCACCGUACUUACCACUCCAUUCUCGACGACUCCGCGAGGGGUGAUGUAUGAACGUGUAGUAUUUGUAUUGUCUCAUGUAGUGUAAUAUGUACCGUGUGGAAUAUUGUGUAAUAUGUACCGUGUGGAAUAUUUGACAUUGAAAUCAAGCAUCACCACUUUGUUUUGUGACGCCUUUGCAGCGGUCUUGCCGGUUUCGCCGGAUCGGUCCGGGUACCGUCGAAAGCAGCAGCCGGAUAAUCGAUGAUCGACUACAAAUCGAAUAAUCGCCCCAUCUCGAACUGUAACUUUCCAUGGUACAGUUUAUGUUUUAGCUGCACUCUGCAUAACAUCCCGCUAGAGGGAGCCCUGCAGCUCGGUCAAAGCGUGACAAUGAAACGCAGGAGCAUAAAUCACAAAAGAAUACUGUGCAGUAUUUACCAGCGAAGAUAUCAACAUAUACGAAUACAAUUAAAAGGUUGAUUUUCAUGUCAAUGACCCUAAUUAAAGGCAGAGCGAGGAUUUCGGAGCGUUAUUUGGAAUGAACGAUUGCGCUUUAAAGUUCACGUGAUUUGGCGAUGCUGCAUCGGUGCACAAGCAAUAACAACAAAAACACUCAACAUUCGCCAAUGAGCUCACAGCCGCGCACUUUUGUCACUGUGCACGUUCAAUCAAAGCGGUGUCACCCCGUGUAAUGUGUCUCACGUGGGUGCACAGGGGUCGUGGAGAUGUCUCGUGGGGCAUGCACGGACGUGGCCCAGGGACUGGAAAGUCUUCCCAUUGAAUUGACAAACGACGUGGAUGGUGAGAUGCCACCUUGCAUACAGUACACGCCGGACUACGUGCGGGGCCCCGGCUGUGCCGUGGACCCGGGCGAGCUCACGCUGCCGGGGUGCGAGUGCGCCGACGGGCGCUGCGACGCGUCGCCCGUCGCGUGCCCGUGCUUCCGGGGCGGUGGCGACGGCGCGGCGUGCUACGACCCCGCCGGGCGUCUCGUCGGCGAUGCCGGAUUCGCGCGCCCCAUCUUCGAGUGCAACCCCCUGUGCCGCUGCGGAGACGCGUGCCCCAGCAGGGUGGUGCAGAAGGGACUGGCGGUGUUCCGCACGGCGCGGAAGGGCUGGGCGGUGCGGACGCUGGAGCCGCUGGGUCGCGGGCGCUUCGUGUGCGAGUACGUGGGCGAGGUGCUGGGCGCUGCCGAGGCCCGGCGCCGGGCCGUCCGGCAGGCGUGGGGCAGUGACGGCAGGGCCAUCAACUACCUGAUCGCGGUGCGGGAGCACGCCGGGGACGGCCGGGGGGUCGCCCCGGCCACGAGCACCUACGUGGACCCGGAGCGCGUCGGGAACGUGGGUCGCUUCCUCAACCACUCGUGCGAGCCCAACCUCGUCAUGGCGCUCGUCCGCGUCCACUCCGUGUUGCCAAGGCUGGCUCUGUUCGCCGCACGCGACAUCGCCGACGGCGAGGAGCUCUGCUACGACUACUCGGGAGAAUUUCAAAACUCGCGCGCGGCUGCGGAAGCGUGCGGACCCUCGUGGCGGCCAGAAGGCGACGGCGGCGCUCGCUCCGGCGACCGAGAAACCGGCGCGGAUGCCGGCGACGACGGGGAUGGCGCCCCAUGGGAGGACCGGGGAGGUCGUGAGGACGGUGACGGCCUCGCGGGCCAGCGGAAGCCGUGCUUCUGUGGCGCGCCCUCCUGCCGAGGCGUCCUCCCGUUCGACCCCACGCUCUUCGCAGACACGCAGUGACAAAGAAAGGCUGCGACGGAGACUUUAGCGGUUGUGCCGCACUGGCCUCGGGUGCGUUCUCAGGUCUUACCGCGCAUCGUUCGGCGGUACGAUGUCCGACGUUUCUCUCCACGUGCCAAGAGCUUUUUCCGCAACGGAAUUAACUCCCCGAGCACGGGGAGUGAAACGUCGGACGUCAUGCCGAACAACGUCAUGCAGGUUAUUGGGGGCUACAUAACUGUACUUUACGGUCAUAUAGCUCCCAAUAACCUUUACCUUGCUGGUCAGUGCGGGUUCAUGUAGGUGCAGAACAAAGGAUAGAGUGCAGUGGGUUUUACCGCACUCCCCUCUGCUGCCCACAACAGCACCACAAAUCGACCAACACCAUCACGCAGCAAAACAUAACUCAAUGCAACACCUCGUGGCAGGGUUUCCCCACACUCGCUUUCCUCACCGAUACACGGUGCAAUUUCCCUCAAUCUAUAUUCAAUGCCAGCUUUGUCGUAACAUACUGCAAGGUUGGAUAGUACGGUGCGAAAGAAGUUCAACACACAUACGUGUAAGGUGAAGGUGCGGCCUUGUACCUGCCCGUGCAAGCAAAGGCUCUUUUGGUCUCCUCUUCCACCCUCGCCAGAUGUCUCAGGGUGGGAGUACCCACACUUUACCCCACCGCAUGCGACUUGCCAAUCGACUCCAAAGUUCGGUGUCCCCAUUUACAUCGCUGGGUGGACAGCGGUGAGCGGAUUUAUGCAACUCGCACCGUUGUCUUGACUGUCGUGUUGGGAGACCGCACCAGGGGGCCUCUGGGUUGCAAGUCCAGUGUGCUGACCGUUACACCGCGUCAGCAUCCGUCACAAGUGUGUGGCGAUUGGUAAACACGUACCCCCCUACUUGGACUUGAGUUUGAGAAGCUGUUUUUUGUGAAGGUGGCCUGAGUUGGAAAUCGUUGUGUCCCCAACGCCACGGGAACUUCCAUUCUUGUAGGCAACAGUAAACUAUGAGCGCAUUUGCACUUUUUUGUGAGCUUGGAGCGCGUUUACGAUAGAACUAUGCGAGCUAGUAAAUUGUUGUUUUAACCGUAUGUAAUUGUUGUCUUAUGCGCUUAAUUGUGUUAUUUGAAUAAAAUUCGAUCAUUGAUCCGGCGGCUUUGGGGGCGCCGGAUUUUUUAAAACAGGAUAAUCACUAAUCAUGAUUUAAAAUAUCUUAUUUUUUUUACAUUCUUGUACUACAUGUUUUUAGGUGGCGUGUAUGUUUUUUUAGUGUUUUACAUUUGUUUACUAUGUGAAACUAGGUUGUUGGGGGCCACCUGUGGCGCCCCCAACCACCUAGUUUCUUCUAUAUAAAUAUUUUGGCAAGUUUACGCGUUAGUGACAGAAUGACAGACAGAAUGACACACAGAACUGUGUGUUAUAUAAUUUAACUUUCAUAGUGGAAAAAGUCAGCACUGUACAUGAGUACUGUACUUUUUUAGUGUUCAAAUGCACUGCUGGAUGAAGGACCACCGCAGGCUGCGCGCUUGUCGUGGUUGGAGGCGUGACGUCAUUACACAUGAACGCGGCUGAGGUGUUGUGAAAGAGAGCUGACGUCACCGCCCAUACGUGCGUGAUGACGCGCGGGUUGUGGACGUCAUCCCACCCGUGCCUGUUCGGGGGCGUACAUGUUUGUGAGGGGCGCACCUCUGGUUGGCUGCUUGGUCCCGGUCACGUGACUCACUUCAACCAAUCCGUGCCGCGUUAAUCACAGAAUGACAGAAUCAUAGAGCUGGGUGUUUACAUAUUAGGAUUGGCAAACAUAAACAUACAAAUAGACAUAAAUCAACAUACUGUAAAAAGGUACUGUAUUAACUGUACCAUUCCAAUCUCAUCAUGGGGUGAUGUACGUACAGUACUACGACGCUCUUGUUUCAACAACAUGUGUUUGACGAUCGCCGGUUUGCCAGUUUCGCCGGAUCGGCCCGGGACCACCGGAUAAUGUUGGAAGCGGGAUAAUUGCACGCCGGAUAAUCGAUGAUCAACUGUCGUCCACUUGCCAUUGGCCUUUGUGACCGAAGAUGAUGAUGCUGAUGUGGUUGCUGGUAUCGUGACUUGCGUGCGACUGGCUGGAGAAGGCCGAUGUGCGUCAGUUCUCUUCCCACAGUGGGCGCACUUUGCAGUUAAAAGUUUGAAGGUGGUGGUUGUCUGUUCAGACUCCAGUAGGUGUUGUUUUUUAUCCACUGGCCAAUGCAAAUGUUGGAUGACGGUCACCACUUGCCUUGAUGUCGUCGGGGUGUGUUGACGAUACUUCACCACAUUGGCCAGUUCGGGUUGAACGUUGGGAUUUUUGUUGAUGCCCUGGAGCGGUUCAGAUCCCACCUCACGCUGCUGUGAUCACCCAUAGCCAGGAAUCGCAUUCAGGUCACCAAGUUCAUAGUGCAGUGCGCUAACCAUUGUACCACCCUGUAACAUGUUGAGUGCACAUUAAAUGAAACUGUUCACGUGCGAUAACUGCAGCACAACAUGACUCCACAGCACCCUGCGUGGUGAUGGAGUGAAAACUCUGCACACUGAAAAUCGAACCCACGAUCGAACCCAGGUUCUCAGCCGUUCCAGUACAGCCCUCUGACCUCUGAGCCACCCGGUCACCUCUUGCUCAAAUGAUAAAAAAAAAACAUUGAACCACAACGUUGCACUGAAAUAAAGGAAUAUCCGAAUGCAUAUACCACCUGCAUUUGAAAGUUCGCAAAGAGGGGUCGUGGUAUAAUGCAGUGCAUGGUCAUUAUUUGCAAAAUUACGUAGCAAUGUGCUCUGCCCUGCAUCUGUAAUUGUGUUUGUGAUAAUGCGUGUUGUUUGUGGUCGUGACACUUUGGGUUAAUGAACCGUGAUGAAGAACUAAUGACGUGUGACCUCGAAACUCUCGGUUUGUGUGUUGCAGUGUAAACAAGGUGGGGCAUGUACUUUCCUCGAUGUAAUCUGAACGUAACAAUUCAAAAUACACAAACGUUUGGUGUGUAAUUUACAUUGUGUGCCUCUCCCUCCGUUUAAGGAGCGCAGAUUAUAGUGGUUUGCUGUAUGGUCCAUAGUUUGGGUUGCAUGGCCAGUCACACACGACUGUGGCUUGUCUGCAAUGUAUAUCUAUGUGUCAGAGGUCGCAACCGGGUACCCGAUACCCUGCCGGGUACGGGUACGGGUAGGCCGUGAGUCACUGGUGAGUAACCGUUUGUCACUCAUUUCCCAACGUCUUGUGUCUCUUCUCACAAUAUAAGUUCCUAGAAUCAACCCACCCGCGCCUGCAACAUGGCUUCAUCCCAGAGGUCGCAAUCAGGUACCCGAUACCCGUACCCUACCCGGCCGGGUAUGGGUAGGGUACGGCCGGGUACAGGUACCCGUUUGCGACCCUGGUGGUAAGGAAUCAAAACCCGUUUGCGACCUCUGCUGUGUCUCUAGGGGUUCAUGAUAUGGUCCAUAGUUUGGGUUGCAUGGCCACAGUCGCACACAACUGUGGCUUGUGUCUUUAUUAAUCUCCCACGACUGAGGUCGUGGUGCACAUUGUCCUGCUGAUGUUCCGGUGCCGUUGAUGGUUCCGCCGGAGACCUUCGAGGAGGAAUCUCGAAGCCCUCCAGGAGGUGCGAUGAUGAUGACGACGUUUGGCUCUCGAACGAGAGGGUAAAUAUAUUGUGGACGUCCGCGUUGUUCCACUGUUGUCACAGCAGCAAGCGUUGUUCCGGAUCUGGGUGGUGAGAUUCUAGGAUGGUGACAGCAGCAGCAGCAGCGAGAUCCCAGAAGGGGUGGGAUCAGGCCUUGAGUAGGCGGUCAACGUCAUUGAUGUGUAUGUGAGAAUCAGAAUAUUUAUAAUGGAGGAAUCCGAUAAGUGAUGAAGCUCUUUUUUGUGACA